AAGACAAGUCUGUGCUUGUCCGGUGGCAGCUACAAAGAAAGUUGCGCCAUUUUCUAAUUUACACAGCGCAAUUUAAGGUUUUUGGACAAUACAUGCCUGCAUUUUUCUGUUUUUAGCAAGUCUGGACGUUUUUAAAGGACAUUUGCCUGCUGUAAAGAGGAUACCAUUUCUGCCUGAAUGAGGUUUCCAUGAGAGCUUCAAAGUAAACAAAUUUUGCAGAGUCUGCAUGGCAUCCAGAGUUGACAUUCAGCAACAAGAGGUGUACUUGGAGUUUAACAGGGUUGUUGGUAGAAAUCUUAAAGAAGAGUUCUUUGGUGUCCUUGAUGGUUUGUGUCCAAGCUUGAUGGAAAUCUUCAAGAGGAAGACAGGCCGGAUAGGCAAGCAGUUAGCUGACCUGGUACAACAGACAACGAGCACUGAGCCAACAGCCAUUAGAUGCCUUAUCCUGAGAGGACUUCCAGUCAUUCUUGGGGAUGAUGCAUCUAUGUUCUUUAAGAGCAGUUCGAAUCUUAAUGAGGGAGACUCUGUGGGCAUUCCCGUGGAAUCCUCUGCUAUGAGGACACCAGUGCUGCAAGCCCAGCAUGCCACAUUAAAACCCCUCAAGACCGGAGCUCAGCCUGUGAGCUCGCUGAGCAUGAACGAGGACACACCGAGUACCUGA